AUGGCUUCAAAAGAUCACACACAUAUGAAUGGAAACCACAAAAAAACUAGUGAAGAGGAUAAGGCCAAAGAGAGUGAUGUUUUCAUUGCCUCCAUGCCAAAAGCAGGCACCACAUGGUUGAAAGCCCUUGCAUUUGCUAUUGUUAACCGGCAACAUUUUUCCUCCUUUGAGAAUAAUAAUAACCAUUCAUUACUUACAUUCAAUUCCCUUGAAUUGGUUCCUUACGUUGAAUUUAACCUAGAAAGACCACAUAAGGUUUUAUUCUUGAAAUAUGAAGACCUUAAAGAAGAUGUUAAUUUUCACACGAAAAGAAUUGCAGAAUUUGUGGGAUUUCCUUUCACUCAAGAAGAGGAAAAUAAUGGAGUGAUUGGAAAUAUAAUCAUAGCAGUAAAUGUUAACAGAGAGUUUUUCUUUCGAAAGGGAGAAAUAGGGGAUCAAUGA